AUGGGUGUUUGGGGCAGAAUAGUGUAUCAGUUUAGAUGCGUGCUAGGUGUCACAUUACUGAGUACAUGUGCCCUCUACGGAGUUUUGGCAUCUAUAGUACUCAGCUGCGUUGGUAAAAGACAUCUCGCGCAAUACACCACCGCCAGGUCUUUUUACUAUGUGAUGGGAACGUUUUUGGGUAUUGACGUGGAGGUAAUCAAUCCUGAAAACCUCGAGAAACUACCAGCUAUUUUCGUGGCCAACCACCAGUCGGCCCUGGAUAUUUUGAUGCUCGGUAAAACAUUUCCUCCAGGAUGUACGGUAACGGCCAAAAGUUCAUUGAAAUGGGUUCCCUUCUUGGGCUGGUUUAUGAGUUUGAGUGGAACUCUCUUUUUGGAGCGUGGUAACCGUGAAAAGAGUGUUAAGACUCUAUCUAGAGCUAUUGAGAAAUUGAAAAGCAAAAAGCGCGCCAUUUGGAUCUUCCCAGAAGGUACGAGAUCUCAUUCUACUAAACCAUGCCUAUUGCCUUUCAAGAAAGGUGCUUUCCAUCUUGCCCAGCAGGGUAAAGUGCCAAUCGUACCGAUCGUGGUUUCAAAUACCAGCACCAUCAUGAAUUCCAAGUUCAAGGUUUUCAACCGUGGUGUCAUCACUGUCAAAGUUUUGGAUCCAAUCCCUACGGCUGAUCUUAAGAAGGAAGAUGUGAGUGCUUUCACCGAGAGGGUUAAGGAACUUAUGGAACGCGAAAUUGAGACUUUGGGCUACUCAAAAGCCAUUGUUGACACAGAUUUACCACCCGAUGCCAAGCCUGCCGUGGACGAUGCAUCUUUGAGCGGACGUUCCGACACGGGCGAUUUCACUGAAGACAGGGACAACUCGUCCAAAGACACGGUGGAGGAAGUCGUGGAAGUCAUUGAAGAACAGGACGAAGCGGAUACCGAAGCUGCUCCUGCUUCCACGUAA